UUUGUGCAUGCGCAAGCUGUCAGCAGGCCUGAAGGCUAGGAAAAUGGACGUACACAUACACAGGGCUGCCAGGAAUGGUGACUUUAGUGCCUUGCAAUAUGCCAUCAAGAGGGGAGAUGAUGUCAACAGUGUGGAUAGGGAUGGGUGUACUCCACUCUUGUGGGCAGCCAGGGAAGGUCACACUGACUGUGUUAGAGAGCUGCUCUCCUCAGGAGCCGUGGUGGACCUGGCUAACAAGAAUGGGUGGACUCCACUCAUAGAGGCAGCCAGUGAAGGUCACACUGAUUGUGGUAGACAGCUGCUCUCCUCUGGAGCCGUGGUGGACCUGGCUAACAAGGAUGGGUUGACUCCACUGAUGAGGGCAGCCAGUAGAGGUCAUACUGACUGUAUUAGAGAGCUGCUCUCCUCAGGAGCUGUGGUGGACCUGGCUGACAAGGAUGGGAACACUCCACUCAUGAUGGCAGCCCUCUGGAGACGUGUAGAUACAGUGAAGAAGCUUCUCUCAUCUGGGGCUUCCCCUCUUUGCGCUAAUAAAGAUGGACGGACAGCUCUGAUGAGAGCCAAAGAAUCAGGUUACUCUAACCCUUCAAUAAUAAAGCUGCUGGAGGAAGCUACUGAAUCACAUCCACUUCCGCAGUCUGUUCCAGUCCUCCCCAGGAACUGGACUGUUGUCACUGACACAGAAACGAAGAAGCCAGUCUACCAGAACAGGGCAGCAGGGGAAACCCUCUCCACACAACCUGGAUAUCCCCUGCACAAAACCUCCGCACACCCUGAUGUCACUUUUUAUGGUGAACCUCAAGAGAAGGAGUUUACCUCGAGUGGUGGCCAUGCCGACUUUGAUAAUGGAGUUCAAGUGACUGUUCUAGCUAAUGCUGUCCCAGCAGGGACCUCUGUGAGCAUUAAAGUCCAACCCAGCCUUGCCCCCAAGGAUGUGUUUGUGAUGCCUGAGGGAAUUCAGUCUGCCAGUCUGUCCUACUUGAUUUCUGGUGAAGGUCUAAACAGAGAGAUGACCCUGAGCAUGGAGCAUCAUGUACGAGUGUCCACCCAACAAGAAGCUGAUGACCUCCUCUUUCUCCAGGCUGACUCGUCUCCCAAGAGAUCUGGUUCUCAUAGUGUCUAUGAGUACCAAGAAAUACCCAAGGGGAGGUCAGAGUUCUCUCCUGGAGGGAACACUGGGAGACUGACGCUGGGCACACGACUGAAGAACUUCUUUAAAAUUGGUCAAAGAGAGUCUACAGGUCUCCUCCACACACAACUGGGGACAGGCUAGCCAUCAUUGCUGUCAGUCUCUUUGGGAGCUUAUACGCUAAGUUUCUGGAGACGCUUGAUAUAGUGUUGAUCCCACGAGACUAUCCCAAUGUUUCGAGAGAAGCGGCUGACAGGACAACUCAAGGACCACUGACGUUUGUUGAUAUGUGUGCCACUC